AUGUGUAAAGAGCUCAGGACCAAAGUUUUGCGUUUGUUACCGCAGACUCUCAAUGGACCGAUCCUCCAGCGGCACGAGAGCCACGCAGAUGGUGCUGAUGUCUUGGGACAGACGGUGAAGGCUCUGCAGGAGGGCCAUGUGGUCGCCCUUCCCACUGACACCAUCUAUGGCCUGGCCUGUCUGGCUCAAAACUCUGAGGCCGUCUGCAAAAUCUACAAUAUCAAAGGACGAAACGAACAGAAACCUUUAGCAAUUUGUGUGGGUGAAGUCCAGGAUAUUAAAAAAUACUGUAAAGUUCAAGUUGACGAAGAGUUGUUGCAAGACCUGCUACCCGGUCCAGUCACGCUGGUAUUUGAACGAACCGACCUACUCAACCGGGACUUAAACCCAUUCACUUCUCUCGUGGGGGUGCGUAUCCCAGACCACCCCUUCAUGAGGCGCCUGUGUCAGAUGUGUGGGGAGCCUCUUGCCCUCACCAGCGCCAACAUCAGUUCUCAAAACAGUACUGUAGCCGUGCAUGAGUUCAAGGAGCUGUGGCCAAAGCUUGCAGUCGUGGUGGACGGGGGGCCCAUCGGGGACCAGAGCCGCCUCGGAUCAACUGUGGUGGACCUCUCGACCCGCGGGAAAUGCAGAAUAAUCCGACCUGGAUGUGCACUUCCCUCCACGCUUGAUGUGCUGCAACAUAAAUAUGGGCUGUCAGCUGUGACUCUCGGAGAAUGA